CUCAACUCCUUUGUAAUUAUUUAGAUUGAGCCAAAUCCUGCGUUUAUAAUGAAGCAUCCAGCCCUUGAUCUUGUUUAUAUGACGACAGAGGUUAUAAAUGAUUCAGGUAGUGAGGUACUGACCGGAGCACUGAACCGUUCUACCGGUCAGGUUACGGUCAUAGACAGGAAGAAGGUCCACGGUCGGUCAACAUGUCACCUGGAGUGGGAUUCCGGCUACAAACAUUUGAUUGCGGUCAGCUACUGGGACAGCAAGCUAACUACCUUCGCGGUCAGCGAAGAUGGAUCUUUGGAAGAUGCAUUCCAGGUUUACUCUGAUCCUGGAGCCUGGUAUGUUGAUAGUAAACAUCCUGAUAGAGAAGAACAUCUAGCACAUAGACAACGUUGGCCUCAUCUUCAUCAGGUUAAUCUUGAUCCAUUCAGCGGUAAAAUAUUCCUUGUUCCAGAUCUAGGAAGGGAUCAGGUUCACUACUUCAGCAUAAAGGCAGGAUGUAUAAAACAUCUAGGAGAAGAUCAGAUCACAAGGGGUCGGGGACCCAGGCACAUGGAGUUUAAUAUCAAGCAUCAAGUUGUUUAUAUCUGUGGAGAAUUAAACAAUACUGUUACUGUACUAAAGUACAAUCCUACCAAGGUUGAAGAUGUCCUGAAAGGAGAUUUCUCUGGUCAUGUUUCCGAAGGAAACUCUCUACUAUCAAAAAUACAAGUUAUUAGUACUGUUCCCAAGGACCUGGGUUCUAAAUCUACAAUAGCUGAGAUGCGUCUUCAUCCUUCCGGGGGAUUUCUUUUUGUUGCAAACCGAGGAAAUAAUUCUAUCGCAGUUUACAGAGUGAGUCCUGAGAACGGAAGUUUGUCCUUGGUGACAAUACAUUCAAGUUUAGGAGCUUUCCCUCGACAUUUUAAUUUUGAUGUAACUGGUCGGUUUCUACUGGUCGGAAACCAUGCUUCAGAUAUGAUAGUUGUAUUCAGGAUUCAUGAUAAUGGUUGCUUGGAGCUGUCUGAUCUUCUUGAGGGAAUUCCAAGCAUUGUCUGGGUAACCCCGGUCUCUCUCCAAAAUUAAAAACCAUUGUAUUAUUUUUAUUUGACAUGUGAUCCCCAAGUCGUAUGUUAUUGUUAUCUGGUAUUUUUUAUCAUGUUUUUUUUGUUGUACGUUUUACAUAAACUCAACAAGAAUAAACCUCUCACCAAGAAUGAUCAAUUACAAUAUUAGUAAUUAAUGAUCUCCCGUAAACAAAAAUAAGCAUGAAAAUUGAAUAAUCAGAAAGCAAGAGUAAAGCAAAUUUAUUUAGUUUCAACUUAUGUACUAGAAAUUUAAAACGUUACUCUUUUCAAUAAUUCUUUUAAAUAUUAGAUUUUAAUUUGACUUGACCCAAAUCUGCAGUACCUAAGCUAUAGUUAUAGCUAGAGAUUCCUGCAGAAAUAAAGUUUUACCAAUAAAACAAUCAAUGUUUAAAUAAAAUGUAUUUGAAAAUUAACAAAACAUGGUGUAACUACAUAACAAGAUAAAUAAACAAAAUAAAUCCAUUAGUAAAACAGUUUAAA